AUGCAUGAGAAAGUUUGGUUCAACGUGACGUUGGACAGGUUGUUCUACCUACCUGGACAAGUUAUCGAGGUGACUUUUUCAUAAUUUCAAGUGACUUCUUGAGCAAAAAGAAAAUUUUUAAAAAGCCCUAUUUUAAUUUUUUUGUAGUUCAUUUCACAGUAACUGUUACUUUUUUUAGAAGAUCGAUUUUUUUCGAAUUUUUUUGUUCAUUUUUUUCUGAAACGAAAAAAAUUGAGAAUUCCUUUUUAUAACGUUUUAAGACUUCUACGGUCUAAAAAAACCUUGGCGAAGGUUUCAAAAAGAUUUUGUAAAAUAAACAGAAAAAAAAGUUUGAGUAACUCAUUCAAACACCUCCCCAAAAAAAAAACUUUUGAUAUAAUAAUAAUUAUUAGUUCUUCCAAUAUAGUUACCAGAAAAUCUUGAAACACAAAUUAGCUAUUUGAAGGGCCAAGUCAGCUGUGAGACGAUGAAGGCGAUCUCCGUAGAUCGGGUCGAAGGACGGCUGCGUGGCGAGGCCGUUUUUCACGUCUUCACCUCCAAGGUCCGCCGCUGACGUCUCAAUUUCGUCUUUGACUUUUUUUUUCACUUGAAUCAUCGAAAAAAGGGUCCUGACACGAAAAAAAGAAAUGGUGACUAGUUGGUGGAGAGCGCAGACAGGCCACGCCCCUUAGAGGUUCAAGCUAGUCGUGGAUCAGCCUUACAUCUGAAAUAAUGGUUUUCUAAAAAUUAGCUAAAGUAUGAUUUUUUAUUCAAGAAGUACCUUUAGUGAUUUUUUCUUGAAUUGGCGGAAAAUUGGCUUGUGAAGCGGUCGUGAUGCGGUUCUCAAAUGAAAAAUCGCUUGAGUGGGACUAUUUUGAGUAAAAGAUUAUAAUUAGUUUGAUCAGAAUGCCAAAGCCUUUUUUAGAAGGUCUUCAAUACAAAAUUCCUUAAAAGGAAGUGAGAAAAAAUCAAAAAGCUCAAAUAUUUACUCAUUCCUUCGUCACAUUCGAAAUUUACUCCAGGCCUUCACCUUUCCAUAUUAACUUGAGACCUCCUUCACGGAAACCAAACGUUUCUGGGAUAAUUAAUAGUGCUGCCACCGCUAAAGUGGCCACUAGAGAUUCUUAGAAAUGCCCGGGGCGAUUCCGGUUAUACGGUAAAGCCUUUACCACCGUACAAAAACGUCUUAUAAUAUCGUCUGUGUGUCACGACUUGAAUUUUCACGGAACGACAUUCCGCUGUUCCGCUGCGUGCGUUCGCGAAGCGUCUUUCGAAUCUAGGUCACACUUUCAAUUGAUUGUCACUGCUGUGAAAGCAAAUGAAAGUAGAGUACCUUAAUGAAAGAAGAAAAAAUUAAAAGGGCGACCACGGUUCGCAAAGGCGCGCAGCGGCACAGCGGAAUCUCGUUCCGUGAAACUUCAAGUCGUAGCACACAGGCUAUAUUUGAACUCGCGCCAGAAACGCAUUGUGACCGCUUUGCAUGCACAUCUUGAUCGUUUCAAUCUGAAUAAAUCCAUUAUAAUCAGAUCAAAUCUUUCCAGGACCAUGCGCCGAUCACAAAGCGGAUCCUCAGCGAUGAGUCAUGCGAACUUUGGCACUACAGCACCCUCAGCGAGAUGCUCGGCUUGAACUACGAUGAAAACGACGUGAGAUUUCGUUCUAUGAGUCUUUGUGAUUUCACAAAAAAAAACCAUGAUGAUUAAAUAUUUUCAAUAUUCCAGAACAAAGAAAACGCAUGUUCUUCUUCGACAGAGUUCUGUGGCAGUGCUGCGUUCCCAAUCCGACUUCGAGUUCCAAAAUCCGCGCCGCCGACCUUUCACUGUGUGGGAUCUCCUAUCACUAUCAAGUACACUCUGGAGGUAUUGUUCUUAUUUUUUUAUCUAUGAAGAUUAUGAAGCUUUAGGUGACUCUGAAGUAUGGCGAUGCCAAAGUGGCGACCUACGAAGAGCCGGUGACUGUUGUCGGCCUGCAAAUGGUCCGUCGGAACCUUCCCUCGGCGCCAGUUUCCAUCGAGAAGACUUUGAAUUUUCCAAAGUUUAUUUUUUUUCAAUCUUGAUUCGAAUUUUGGACAAUUGCAGAGACCGAUCAAUUUUUGUCGAGUUUAUGGUUGGAAGCAGCGUUUUUUCCACUACAGACCGUAUUGAUGCUUGUAUUAAUAUUUCUAAUUGGUGAGGAUUUCUUGAGACCAAAAAAAUAUCUUCAUUUAUACGAAAAAUUGACUUUUUAAAAAUGCGUUUUUUUAGAAUGAGAACUUCGGAAAAAAAUAAAUAAAAAGAAAAAAAGCUGAAAUUUCGCAGUAAAAUAGUGAAAAAGAAUUAUGAUCUACGGAGCCCAAUUUAACUUAUUAGGACGCAUGGAGAAUGGCUAAAUGGGUCGCGGCUGCACUGCGGCUUAAGUGCUUUCUAAAAAAAUUUCUUUUUGUUUAUAUUUUUUCCUGAAACUCCGUGACAAUUUUGAAAAGAUUUAAAAACGAAAAAAAAUUUUAAACUGGCUUUUUUUCGGAUUUUUCAAAUUUUUGUAGAUUAGUAGAAAUAUAGUAAAUUCGAAUUUUAAAUUUUUGGGGUUUUCAUUUGAUUUUUUUCUUGCAGGUGGAAGCAAUCAUUGAAAUACGUUCAUAUGAACAUUGUACGACGAAUUCAUGUCAUCAGAGCUGGGACAUUUGAUCUCGACAUCGUUCAAAUUGACACUACAGGUUUUUUUUUUGAAAAUCGUAAACCCAUACAAAAUCAGACUUUAAAAAAUGUCUGGACCCUUUUUUUCACACUUUUUCUAUCAUAGAAUUAAAUUUCUCGAUAUUUUAAACCAGUCAAGAUGGAAUGUACUCAAUAUUUUAAAGCUAUAAGCAUCUGUUCAUUUAUCAGGAGUUGGUCUGCCUUCUGGAAAGACCAAAAUCGGCGUCGGAGAGAGCUACUCGUUCCGGCCGAAUUUCCACGUCCCAGCACUUCCUCCCAACGCCGCCGUCGACGGUCUCAUGAAGUCCGACUACGUCCUGAAACUCACUGUUGGUCGGGCUCACAACUUUGUGCUCGGCACACUGGAGGUAGACUUUCAAGAUCUGUAGAAAUUUUAGUCGGAAAAAAUGAGCUGUUUUUACAAAAACUUUCUAGCACUCAAAAAAUUUGGAAAAAACAAAUCCAAAGUUUUUUUGUUGUUUUUGGAAGGUUUCUAUUAUUUUCAAUUUUUUUGAAUUUUUUUUAAAUUAUCAAGUCGAAAAACUCUUUUGAAAAAAAAUUGAGAUUUUUUCCACAAUUAUCCUCAAUUUUUAAAGCAGUUCAUGAACUUAUAGCUCCGAAAAAGUUUAUUAAUUUCUGAACUUCCAAAAAAAUGAGCCCAUUUUUAUUUUUCAAAAAUAAAUGUUUCCAGAUACCAAUUACGAUUGUGACAAACGGCCUGGACGACUACGAAAAAGGCCAAGAAGGUACAUUUAUACCAAUUGGAGAAUUUUCCAUAUCCUUCAAAUUUCAGAAAUUCUGAUCGACAUUUCCCCUUCGGCAUCAAUACGCUCAAGCAAGCAUUUAUUGCAAUGCUAUGCAUAA